AUGCUAAAUUUAAGUAAAAGUGGAGUCCAAGUAGAACCUAUCUACCCAUUCUGUAAAGAUGAUGUAGAAUCUGUUGAGCAUGCCAUUUUUAAAUGUGAUAUAGCUAGUGGUGUGUGGAAGAUGUGGGAGGACUGCCCCAUUAGCCUGAUGGAUAUCAAUAGGGAUGUUUCAGAUCUGGCCAUUGAAAUAUUCCACCAAGGAACCCAAAGGGAUCUAGAGAAGUUUUUUGGAGUGGCUUGGAGGAUUUGGUUGAAUAGGAACCAAGUAAUUUAUGAGGAACAUGGAGUACCAGAAGCUCAUAUUUGGGGGUUUGCAGUUCGUAUGAUUGAUGACUACAAAGAUGUAAAUGGCUUGGAGGCAAAGCACAAAGUGAACAAGAAGCAACAAUGGGAACCUCCUCUAGAGGGCUUUUAUUAUAUUAAUAUGGAUGGAGCCAUCCCUUUGACCAAUGGACAAUUUGGGGUGGGAAUGAUAAUUUGA